AUCCGAUGCCCUGCCUUUCCUCUCGUCUUCCUUAUCCCCCGGCACAAUAUCAUAUUUUCGUACCGUGUCACCCUCUUCCUCAGCUCCCCUGUUCCUCUCUCUCGAAGCUCCGUGGCGCGAUGCACGACUGGGCGCCGGCGAUCAUAGCGACGGCGCUGUUCGCCCUGCUGUGCCCGGGAGGGAUCCUGCAGCUGCCCGGCCGGCAGCGGACGGUCGACUUCAUGAACCUCAGGACCAGCUGCCUGUCCAUCCUCGUCCACGCCGUCAUCUACGCCGUGCUGCUCAUGCUCUUCGUCGUCAUCUUGCAGGCUCAUCUCUACGUCUGAUCUUACCUUAUCUUACUUACUAUGUGUGCUUCAUGGUGCCUUUGUUCUCUCUCUCUGCUUUUCUUAUGUACUCGAGUGUUCGAGCUUGGUUUAGUGAAACUAGGGUGCUCCGAGGAUGCAUGAUUAUGUUUUCUUCGUGCGUGUUGCUGAGCUUCCGCUUUCGUCUCAGUAAUAAAGAGCUAUGAAACGGUGAUUAUUUUUC